GGAGCAAUAAGAAAGAUACCCAAUCCUUUUCCAACCGUCAUAACUUCCAAUAUACAGAGAAAACUUUGUGUGUGUAUGCGAAGCAGAUAAGGCUGCUUCCACUCUGCUCUUCCAUUUCUCUCCAAAUGCCAAUAAACUCAACUUUCACUUUCAAUUCUAAUUUCAACUUCCAAUUCAAAUUCAUUAAUCAUCGCUCUUUCCCUUUCUCUCAUUCUCUAAACAAUUUCUCCAUUUCCUCUUCCCCUUCCCGAUUCCUUCGGUUCUGCACUACCAGACUAUCUUCCGCCGUUUCUCAUGCUCCCCCCUCCCCGCCCCCAGUGAAGCAUCUUAUGGAGAGGAUGGAUCUUGUUGGAAUAGUCUGUGAUGAACAUUGUAUCCCUGGAAAAUACUAUUGCCUCUUCUGUCCCAAGUGCAAGGGUGGUCGUUUAAUGGAGAGGAGCUUAUCUCUUCAUGUGAUUCCAACUGGAGAUUUUGCAAUGUGGAGGUGUUUCCAGUUUGAGUGUGGUUGGGCAGGGCAGAUAUUUGCAGAUGGCAAAUUGGCAUUUAAUGGAUUCGGCAAAAUUACGAAAAUGGUUGGACGGAGUUCCAAGGAAAGUUUGGUUUUGGAGCCUCUUUGUGAUGAGCUAAUCUCUUAUUUCAGCAUGAGAAUGAUAUCCCAAGAAACCUUAGAACGGAAUGUUGUUAUGCAAUUAGCUGGUCGUCAGGUUACUAUUGCAUUUACUUAUCGACAAAAUGGACAGCUUGUUGGUUGCAAGUACCGAACCAUGGACAAGAGAUUUUGGCAGGAGAAGGGUACAGCAAAGUUCCUGUAUGGGAUUGAUGACAUUAAUGAUGCAGAUGAACUCAUCAUUGUUGAAGGUGAAAUGGAUAAACUUUCAGUUGAAGAAGCUGGUUUCCUGAAUUGUAUUAGUGUUCCUGGUGGUGCCCCAAACAAGGUUUCAACUGAUACAGUUCCACCAAUUGAAAAGGAUACUGCAUACCAAUAUUUGUGGAGCUGCAAAGACUACUUAGAUAAGGUUUCCCGCGUUAUCUUGGCCACUGAUAGCGAUGUACCAGGGCAAGCUUUGGCAGAAGAGCUAGCACGUCGUCUUGGAAAAAAUAGAUGUUGGCGAGUAUCUUGGCCAUAUAAAGAUGGCUUCAACCGUUUUAAGGAUGCCAAUGAGGUUCUAGUGCACUUGGGACCAGAUGCUUUGAAGAAAGCAAUUGAAGAUGCCAAGUUUUACCAACUCUCAAGUUCAAAUCAAAUACAAAAAGAAGAGGACCUUUUCCAAGAGCAUCGAGUGGAGUAAUCCAUAAUAGUUAGGUUUUUAGUAGUUGCACUAGAGAGAUAUUGUGUGUUAAUUCUUUGAUAGGUAAGAAGCCUUGGAUUAAAUAUUAAGGAAAAAAGACAUACUUUUAAAGUUUGAUUUGGUUGAAACUUUCAACUUUUUCCUCGAAGGAAUUUCUUUUACAAUUCA